AUGUCGACGAUCCCUAGCAUUGAUGGUGUUACUGAAGCUGAAGCUCCAGCGCUUGUUGGGUCUGAUCAGCCAGAUCCAGACACGCCCAGUAUUGCGUCAGCGGAUCCGAAUGGUGCAGCUGAGUGGGCAACAGACAGAGUGGCACUUAAGACGACCAACACCAGUGAACAACAACAGCCUUCAUCACUCGAGAGCCUUCCAGUCGAGCUCAGAAUACGCAUUCUCGAAAACAUGCCAGACCUAAAAUCACUAGGUUCCCUCCUUCACGCCUCCCCCGUCUAUUUUGCCCAAUAUCGGCUCGACCGCAAAUCGCUUCUCUGCAGAUGUCUAGAACAAGAUUUAGGCCGCGAGGUGUUAGUGGACGCUUACGCCGCCUUCAAGUCACGCUCGUCCAAGAUAGGCCCGCGCACAGUUCCAAACCGAAACGUCACCGACUUUGUCGAUUUGUAUGGGGCAUGGCGAUACUCUGGUAACCCUGUCGCGUUGCUGAAGUCUAUGCCACUUGCUGAUAUCCGUUGGAUCACUUGGUUUCAUACAUUGACUGUACAGCCUCUGGCGACUCAAUUCGGCACUUGGGCUUUAAACAACCUCCAGUCUGCAGCAGCCAAGGCCACAGGACAAGAACGAAUACAGACAGAGUCAAUACCAUCAAAGAAACCACCAAUAAGUAGUGUUUGGCCGGGUGGAUUAAGCAGGACGGAGCAGAGGCGGAUUCUCCGAGCUUUCUACCGAUUCGAAACUUUCUGUCAUCUCUUCAGCGGUAAACAACACCAAUCCUUUCGCCACGACGACAUCGCACGAAUCUUCUUCUCUCAAUUCGAACCUUGGGAAAUCGAGGAGAUGGGCUGCGUCUACAGGUGCAUCAAGCAGAGAUACGGAGAAAUUGUUGCCGAAAUCAAAUGGGAUCUUCACCCAGACAAUCCCAAAUUUGCCACCGAUCCCGACUUCGGAUUUGAACCCGAAGGGGCCUUCACGCUUGAUCGAGAUGAUAACGAAUACCUCAACGGCACCAUCGGCUUCGGAGGCCUUAGGCUGGCACUGCAUAUGUUUAAAACCAGAGACCACGAUCAGCUCGUGGACCUGAUGGCCAAGUACUUGAAACGAAGCCAGGAGUAUUUCUUCGACGAUUGUACGCAGGACGUUAGCCAAGCCGACAGACGCGGUGAAGAUAAUGGCUUCGACGACAAGGAUCGGGCCGAGCAGAGAGGUGAACCGAUGCCGUUCAUGGGUGACGACGACGCUCCCACAUUCUCCCCCCACAGUGCCUCAGCGAACAUCACAACGACAAGCGGGGCAACUCCUCCCUCAGCUGACACGACGGAGAGUGCUAGUGAGGCGGCAGCAGUGGUUUCCAGUAUUUACAUGCCACCGCUCGCUUGGGUUCUCUUGUGGGAUGGGAAGUACUGCAACCUCUACGGGGAGUAUGUACCCGAUGAGUUUAGGCGAUGGGGUUAUGUCCUGUGGGACGAGCGUCGGUGGAAUAAUAUAGAGGGCGCGAAGGAACUUCUCAUCAAGCUAUGGGCCUCGUCGUCUCAACUCAAAAUGGCCAGGGAGGAUUGGGCAUGGCUGGGAGGCCGCCAACCACCACUCGUGAACGACCACUAG